AUGACAGACCACUGCGGCGAGGUGUUGCCGGUAUCGGGGGGAGGUGUGCUGGUGUCCCAGCCUGAAGACCAGUACCCCGGGGGACUGGACUGUCAACUCACCCUGUCCGCUGACUCGGGGAAGUACAUACACAUUGGGGUUCAGUCGCUCUCAAUAGACUGUGACGGAGACAGCCUGUCCGUGUACCGGGGCGGGAGUGUCGCUCUGUUUGAGCUCCUGGGCAGCCCGAUCUGUGGUACGUCAUCGGGAUCGUCUCAAAAUACCUUCACCACGCAGGAGGGGGGAUAUUUCUCCUCCACCAACAAGAUGACGUUACACUUCGUCACGGAUAGCAGUAGUGCAUCACAAGGGUCUGGUUUCAAGAUCACUUACGCUGCGUAUAAGAUGAGUCCCUGCAGUUCCGCGGAGUUCCGCUGCAGUAAUUCGCGCUGCGUGUCCGCGGAGCUCACGUGUGACUCGUACGAUCACUGCGGAGAUAAUUCAGACGAGACCAGCUGCAGAGAUGGAAGCACCUCAAAUCUGAGCACGGACAAGAUCGUGGGAAUCAUAGUGGCAGCGAUAAUUGUAGUGAUCUUCCUCGCCACUGGUCUAGCUUACUUCAUGUGUGUUCGCAGACGUGACGAUAGUCAGAGUAGCAAGUCGCCGGCUGUGGUCUACUCUACCCGCCAGUACAGAGCCUCACAGCGGAUGUGAUGCGAACUGCAGGGCAUUGUCAUUGAGCUCUGUUGUAUAAAUUGUUGUAAUCAGCACCAAGGACAGGGCUAUUUGUUCAUUUAUUGAGUGUUCAGCACCAAGGACAG